GUCCGCGGGCGCCGCUCGGAGCGGACGGGCCGCGGGUGGGGCCUCGGCGGUUGUUGUCGUCCGGUGCCGGAGGAGAAGGUCGCCGCUCGCCGCUCGCACCGGAGGGACUCGCAGGUCUCGCUCAGCCGCUCGCACCGUCCCGAGCACUCGGGGGACAUGUCGAGGUGGGCGCAGGCCCGGUGGUCCGGCGCCGGACGGCGGACGGCGGCCGAGGCACGCGCGCCCUCCUCGAGCUUUCCCCGGAGACGCUUCACGUUACAAACGUCCCGAGCUUGAAGCAGCUGUCACGGCGAGGAGCCCCCGCUGGGACCGAGAGCAGGAAGAGCCGGAUCCGGAUUCGCAGCAGCAUUACCAGGGAAUCGCUGGGAACGUCGGGACAAUGAAGCUGUUGGAGAACUCGAGUUUUGAAGCAAUAAACUCCCAACUGACGGUGGAGACGGGCGACGCGCACAUCAUCGGCCGGAUCGAGAGCUACUCGUGCAAGAUGGCUGGUGAUGACAAGCACAUGUUCAAGCAGUUCUGCCAGGAGGGGCAGCCACACGUCCUGGAGGCCCUGUCACCUCCUCAGACCACGGGGAUCAGCCCCAGCAGGCUCAGCAAAAGCCAGAGCGGGGACGAGGAGGGGCCCCUGAGCGACAAGUGCAGCCGCAAGACCCUGUUCUACCUGAUCGCGACGCUCAACGAGUCCUUCCGGCCCGACUACGACUUCAGCGCGGCCAAGAGCCACGAGUUCAGCCGGGAGCCCAGCCUCAACUGGGUGGUGAACGCCGUCAACUGCAGCCUCUUCUCUGCCGUGCGGGAGGACUUCAACGCGCUGAAGCCUCACCUCUGGGACGCGGUGGAUGAGGAGAUCUGUCUGUCCGAGUGUGACAUCUACAGCUACAACCCCGACCUGGACUCGGACCCUUUUGGGGAGGACGGCAGCCUCUGGUCCUUCAACUACUUCUUCUACAACAAGAGGCUGAAGAGGAUCGUCUUCUUCACGUGUCGUUCCAUCAGCGGGUACACGUACACGCGCUCGGAAGCUGGCAAUGAGCUGGACAUGGAUCUUGGUGAAGGAGACGUGGAGGAGAACAGGGACACGGGCGACGCCGAGAGCGGCAGCAUCGAGGAGGAGAGGUUGCAGGUUAUGUGCAUGUGAGGCCCGGGGAGCCCCGGGGCGCCGCAGCCGCGCUGCACCCCGUGCUCUGCCUGCACCCCCGAGGAGGCAGCCCCGAGCUGCCCCAUCCCCUGCCCAGCACGUACACUGGAGACCCCCAGGACACCUCCCCGUGCCCUGCGCGGACGCCCCGUGGGGAGCUCCCCGAAGCUUUGCUGCACUUUAUCCUCCUCUCCUCGGCUGCACUGACCCGCAGAGCGCCCGCGGAGCUGGGGCCGGGCUGGAUUGUCCCCACAGCACUUGGCCUGAACUGGUUGUGACCCAUAGACGCCGUCCGUCCACGGCUCCGGCGGCCACGGUGGGACCCCCCCGGCCUCCCCCCGCAGAUGAACUCCACAAACUGUCCUUGGAGAAGGUCCGUUGUUUCAAAGGGGUUUGCUUUGCUCCCGCCCCGGCCGCGGGUGUCCUGGUGCCGCCGGAGCCCUUCGGUGAGUCCCUGCUGGACCCGGCACCGCAGCAGCACCCCCCACCUCCCUGGGGGCCCGGGGGUGUCAAACCCAACCUGACUUUUGGCAGCGGGAGGCCGGAGCGGGGCCAGUGCCGGGGCUGGGUGGGGGUGAGCAGGGCGCUGGGUGCUGCUGCUCCCACCCCUGCUUUGCUUCAGCAGCGGCUGCCCCAUCCCUCCAUCCCCAUCACCCCACUGCGGAGCGAGAGCGGGGGGGGGGCAAAUCCCCCCCCCCCUCCAAUCUGUAUUUUGGCUGGGACAGAGCAGGGUGAACUCACCUGUGUUUAGUUGAGCUGAGUUUAAUUGAGCUGAGUUGGCUUGAGCUGAGUUGAGCUGAGCCCAGUUGAGUUGAGCUGAUUGAGUUGAGAUUAAUUAAGUUGGGUUGAGCUGAGUUGAGUUGGGUUGAGUUGGGCCCGGUUGAGCUGGGUUGAAGCUGAGUUGAAGCUGGGUUGAGUUCAGCUGAGCUGAGCACACACAAAGAGGGGCAGCAGCUGCCUCAGCAUCCUCAUGACACCCUCUGCCCCCCAAGAGGAGCUGCUGUGGGGCAGCACCAGCCCUACGGGCCCUCACCUCCCCCCGCCCCGCGCAGCCUCCACGGCCCCUGCCCCAUGGCUGGGGGACCUGGGGGUCUCUGUCUUUCAGAAGAGGCUGUUCAGGGGCGCUGGGGUGCCCCAAGGAUGCUGGGGGGGAUUUGUUCCCCAUGUCCCUGGGCUUGAUGCAGGGUGAGAGGCUCCAGGUGAUGCUGUAGAUGCAGCUCCAGCCUUUGGCUGAGCCUUGGGUGCAGGGGGAAGACAGAGAGACCCAUAGACAGACAGACCCCAGAGAGACAGACCCCAGAGAGUCAGAGACGCCAGGCUGGCCCCAGACAGACCCACAGACAGACCCCUGAGAGGCACCCAGCCAGGCAAACCCCAGACCCACCCCUUUGUCCAUGGGGGCCGGGCCGGGUGCUCCGUCGGUGGCUCCGCAGCUCCUUGUCCCCACUGUGACCCCAGAGCUUGGUCUGAACUUGGAGCUUGUGCCCCCUGCUCCUGGGGCUGGAGCCGCUGCUGCCCUCGUCGGGGUUUGCCUUCAGCACCCCCACCCCCCCGCAGCACCCAUGGGUGCUCCCAGCAGGAUUCAGCUCCAUCCCGUCCCUGCAUCCCCGCUCCAGCGCUCCCGUGGCUGCCUCCCUGUGCCCCGCCAGGGAGGCACUCGCAGCGUAGCAAUGUAUCGUCACCAAUAAAGGUUUCCUUGUGAUCGGC